AUCACAUGAUAUCCAACUCCUGAUGACGGCACCAAUAGCUAAUAUUUUUGGAGUAUACAUGUUGUUUGCAAUAGAAAGCGCCAGGAAGGCAAAAAUGGAUGAAUUCUAAGGCAUGAUUGGGGUGUAUAAAAGUCCGUGGAAAAUUAGUUUAAAGUAUCAGUUUAGCAAAACUUAGCUAAAGUAUUAGUCGAAAUGCGUUUCAUCAUUGUUACUUUGUCGGUUGCCCUGGUGUUCUCACCUGCUUUGGCAAAACCUUUCUUUGGUGGAUUCGCUAAUGCUAUUGGAGGUAUUGCUAAUAGUAUCACCGAAACAGCAGGAAAUGUUGCAAAUGCUGCAGGACAAACCGUAGGACAGGUGGCUGGUGCUGCUGGACAAGUUGUUGGACAAGUCACUGAUGCUGCUGGACAAGUCGUUGGGCAGGUGGCAGGUGCUGCUGGACAAGUUGUUGGACAAGUUGCUGAUGCUGCUGGACAAAUCGUUGGACAAUUGGCUGAUACCGCUCAAGAUGUCGCUGGUCAGGUUACUGACACCGUAAAAGAUGUCGCUGGCCAGGUUACUGACACCGUUUCCAAUGCUGCUGAUGCCGCAACACAAGUUGGAGAGCAGCUCACUAAUACUGCUGGACAAAUCGCCGAUUCCCUGUCAAAGGCCCUUCAGGAAUUCACUAAUACUGUUGUUGGUCUUGUUGGAGCUACCGUUGAUGAACUUGGAAAUACUGUUUUGACCCUUGUUGAUGAAGCUGGUAACCUCUUGGACGUUGUCGUGGAUGAAGCUGGCAACAUUAUCCAAGUUGGAGAAACUGCUGUUGAAAAUAUCGCCUCGUCUGUCGUUGCCAUUCUUCAGGAAAUCAUCAAUUCAAUUGUGAGUGCUCUUCAGCAGGGACAGGAAGCUGCUACUGAUGCUGCCCAACAAGCUCAACAAACUGCUACUGAUGCUGCCCAACAAGCUCAACAAACUGCUACUGAUGCUGUUCAACAGGGACAACAGGCUGUAACUGAUGCUGCUCAGCAGGCUCAGCAGACCGCUCAACAGGCUGUUCAGACUGCUCAGGACACCGCAGCUCAGGUUGCUCCUGCUGCCUAAAAAGCUUUUGGGAAAAAUAAUUUAAAAAAGAAAACGGAAAAAUUAUAUCGAAAAAUCACGCAAUGUUGAAAUAAAAUAUAUAAUUCAGCAGCAUAA